ACUCAAGCCACAUUUUCUGAAGUGACAUUACUUUCUGUCCUUGGGAACCUUGCAAGAUCAAACCUAUUUGGAGACAUAUUGGAGGAUAUUGGACUUGCAGUGUUUCUCCAGUGACACCUCGGCCCUGUCUGCCCCUACCCCUACCUCAGGAUGGCUGGCUGUACCAGCCGCUGCAGACAGGGGGUGGUCAAAUUAAUCCAGUCGCUGCAGAGACUGGUCUCGGGAACCCUCACAAAAGAUAGGACAGAUGACGAGCUGGAGAUGACCAUGGUGUCUCACAGGCCGGAGGGUCUGGAGCAAUUAGAGGCCCAGACAAAUUUCUCCAAACAGGAGCUACAGAUCCUCUACCGUGGUUUCAAGAAUGAGUGUCCAAGCGGAGUGGUGAAUGAGGAGACAUUUAAACACAUCUACGCACAGUUCUUCCCUCACGGAGGUAAAAAAGGAAACAUCACCGUAUCUCUUUUGCUGGUGUUAAACAAGCUUUUUAAAAUCAUAAGACCUUGUAUAUUUACUUGUUGUUAUUCCUCUUUUAUUGCAGAUGCAAGCAUGUAUGCGCAUUAUCUAUUCAAUGCAUUUGACACCACAAACAACGGAUCCAUUAAGUUUGAGGACUUUGUAAUGGGACUGUCUACGCUCCUGCGGGGAACACUGAGGGAAAAACUGGAGUGGACUUUUCACCUUUAUGACAUUAACAGAGACGGAUACAUAAACAGAGAGGAGAUGACAGAGAUUGUGAGGGCCAUCUAUGACAUGAUGGGCAAGUACACCUACCCUGCAAUUAAGGGAGAUGUCCCGCAGCAACACGUGGAUGCAUUUUUCCAGAAAAUGGACAAAAACAAAGAUGGGGUUGUGACUUUAGAGGAGUUUAUUGUAGCGUGCCAGGAGGAUGAAAUGAUGAUGAGAUCCAUGCAGCUCUUUGAGAAUGUGAUGUAGGGCAAGAGAAGAUGACGGAGACAGAGGAAGAAGUGGAAAAUGAGAGAGCUUGGCGUGUGUGCGUGUGUGUGGAUGCAUAUGUGCAAUACAUCCAAUCUCUCCUCCUCCUCCUCCCAUUUUGUCCAGCACUGGUCUGGAUGCAGCCAGAAUCCCCAUUAACAACAUGAAUGAAGGGACUGGGAGAAUGACUGAUCACUCUUUUGAACUGGGAUUAUGCUUGUAGCCUUCUUGUGGAGUUUUUUUCUUCCCCACAACACACCAGGACUCAUAUCAGGCUUUGAUCUAAGAACAGUGUUGUCAGUCCUGUCUUGGAGAUGGGCCUGGUAAAGACAGACAUACUCCUUCAGAAGGCUCCUCCCGCCCAGCGAAGAGCUACAGUUCAACCAGCAGAACCGUUUCUUUUUUCUGCCAAAAGAUGCUCUUUUGUGCCAAAAUAAAAUGCAUGCUUUAGCCAGAGGUUUUGAAUUAUCUCCAAAAGUUUGCCAGAUUUGUCAGAGGACUUGGGCCAUAAGAGCCUCAAUAUUUAUCUCAUGCAUCCAGUGGUGAACAGAUAUGACAUAUGCUGGAGUGUCAUGUUUUGUUUUCACUGAUGCAACAAGCCUGUACUUUUGUUUUGGCCUUGCUGUCGCUUGCUUGUCUAGUAUGUUUGAUGCUAGUUAUAAUGCUGAAGAAAUGCAAAAAGAGUACAUGUCAUGGGUAUUACAUAUAAUGAGGUUGUGUAUUUGCGUGUGUGUGUGUGUGUGUGUGUAUGUGUGUGUAUGCAUCUGUACGUCUAUUUUCUGUCUGUGGGUCAGUCUGUACCAAGGUUUUAUUGAAAUGAAAAGAGAAAAAAAAAAAUAGAUUUUGAUUCUAUUACAUUUUCACCUUAUGCUUUGCUUAUUGUGGUCAAAUAGAUGUGCUGUCUAAAACUAAAAAUGCAUUGUGGAAAGUGUGCAAUUAAUUUUCAGUUUUCAAGUUGAAGUGCCAGUGAAACAAAGAUGCUGUCAUAUGAAUUCGUCAGGAAUAGGCUUGUU